AGCACACCCGCGGAAUAUUGUUGUAUGGCCCCCCGGGACAGGGAAGACAGCCCUGGCCCGACAGAUCGCCGAAAUGCUGAACGCCCGUGCAGUGAAGGUCAUAAACGGACCAGAACUGUUGAGUAAAUACGUGGGGGAGAGUGAAUCAAAUAUGAGGAAGAUAUUCGCGGAGGCAGUGGCAGAACAGGACAAGUUGGGGGCGGAGAGUGCCCUGCAUGUGGUCAUCUUCGACGAAAUGGAUGCAAUAUGUAAAGAACGUGGGAGUGUGAGUGGGUCGGCCGGGGUGAUGGAUUCCCUGGUCAAUCAACUCCUCACAGUCCUCGACGGAGUCCAUCAACUCAACAACAUCCUCAUCGUGGGGAUGACUAAUCGAAAAGAUUUGAUUGACCCUGCUCUCCUCCGUCCAUCCCGUCUGGGUGUCCACAUCGAAAUUGGUCUGCCUGACGAGGAAGGAAGAAAAGAAAUAUUCGACAUUUAUUUGAAGGGAUUACGGGCCAAGUCCAAACUGUCCCCCGAUGUCCUCAUGGGCGAGCUGGUGGCCAAGUCCGAGAACUUUACGGGGGCAGAGAUCGAGGGGGUCGUGCAGAGUGCUAUCACUCAGGCCAUGUCGAGGAAUGUCCACCUCACCAAGACUGACAGUCGGGCUGCCCUCGACCAGUUGGUGGUGACCAUGGAUGACCUGCGGGGUGCCUUCCUCCACCUCCAACCCGCCUUUGGGUCGGCCGAGUCAUUAUGUUCUCGACUCAUUCAGCACUCCAUCAUUCACUGGAAUCCCCAAGUCGACGAGAUUAUUAAGAGUGGGGUGAUGGCUGCCAGUGCGUGUGUGGCACAGGAUACCCGAGGAUAUACUCAUUGGCUUAUUCUGGCUGGCAUUCCGGGGGCGGGGACAACAGCACUGGCAUCCCAAAUAGCACUUUCGGCGGGUUUUAAAUUCACGCGUGUAAUCACAUCGUCUCGAAUGGCUGGGAAUAGUGAGGGGUGGAAGUGCAAUUACAUAAACAAGACGUUCGAGGAUGCCCGUCGAUGUGCUCUCAGCUGCAUAAUCAUCGACCAAGUGGAGAGUAUCAUCGAAUACAUUUCCAAUGGUCUCCGCUUUUCCAACCCCAUUCUCCAAAUGAUCAUGUCCAAGGCCACCGAAAUCCCCGAGAAGGUGAGUGUGGUUGGGGAGUUGUAGAAUAACCGAUUACUCCUGUUGAUGACCACCAGCUGUAUUGAGGCACUUCACUCUCUCCAUUUCGCAAUCAAGGCCACCAAGGUCGAGACAGUCCCCCCCAUCGAGGAUGUCCACUCUCUUGUUGCCGUGGUCGGGACUCUGGGGGUGUUCACGGAAAACCAGUUGAGGGAGAUUGGGAGUAAUUUGGGCGGACAUUCGGUGUAUGUGGGGAUAAAGCAUGCAAUUGAGGUGGCACUGUACUGCAAGCAGGCCGAGGAAGGCGAGAUGGUGAGCAUGUACUGCCACGAUAUUCUCGCACGGUCGAGAGAAUUACGCUCAUAUCAGAGUUAUUGACAAUUAUUUAAUAUUUGUUUAAUGAUGAAA